UAGAAACCCUAGUUAUUAUUUUCUCCUCUUUUUUUCCCACUUUCUCUCUUCCUUUCGAAAUUUCUCUCUCUCUCUCUGAAAUUUCUUGUUCGCUUCAAACCCUAGAAAAAAUUCAAAAUGAGAGAGAUUCUUCAUAUUCAGGGAGGUCAAUGUGGUAAUCAGAUCGGAGCAAAGUUUUGGGAAGUAGUAUGUGCUGAGCAUGGUAUAGAUCAAACAGGAAGAUAUGAAGGCGAUUCAGAGCUUCAAUUGGAGAGAAUCAAUGUUUAUUACAACGAAGCAAGUUGUGGUAGAUAUGUACCGAGAGCUGUACUUAUGGAUCUUGAGCCUGGUACUAUGGAUUCACUUAGAUCUGGUCCUUUUGGUCAGAUCUUUAGACCUGAUAACUUCGUCUUUGGUCAAUCUGGUGCUGGUAACAACUGGGCUAAAGGUCAUUACACCGAAGGUGCUGAGUUGAUCGAUUCUGUUCUUGAUGUUGUCAGAAAGGAAGCGGAAAACAGUGAUUGUUUACAAGGAUUCCAAGUAUGUCACUCUUUGGGAGGAGGAACUGGUUCUGGAAUGGGAACUCUAUUGAUUUCAAAGAUCAGAGAAGAAUACCCUGAUAGAAUGAUGCUUACUUUCUCUGUUUUCCCAUCACCCAAGGUUUCUGACACUGUGGUUGAGCCUUACAAUGCUACUUUGUCUGUUCAUCAACUUGUUGAGAACGCUGAUGAGUGUAUGGUACUUGAUAAUGAAGCUCUUUACGAUAUUUGCUUCAGGACUCUCAAGCUUACCACCCCUAGCUUUGGAGAUUUGAACCAUUUGAUAUCUGCAACAAUGUCUGGUGUUACUUGCUGUUUGAGAUUCCCUGGACAAUUGAACUCUGACUUGAGAAAGCUUGCUGUUAACUUGAUCCCGUUCCCUCGUCUUCACUUUUUCAUGGUUGGAUUUGCUCCACUUACAUCCCGUGGAUCUCAACAAUACAGAGCACUUAGUGUACCAGAGCUUACCCAGCAGAUGUGGGAUUCUAAGAACAUGAUGUGUGCUGCUGAUCCUAGACAUGGACGAUACUUGACUGCUUCAGCUAUGUUCCGUGGGAAGAUGAGCACCAAAGAAGUUGAUGAACAGAUGAUGAACGUCCAGAACAAGAACUCUUCUUACUUCGUUGAGUGGAUUCCUAACAAUGUUAAGUCUACAGUCUGUGAUAUCCCACCCACUGGUCUUAAGAUGGCUUCUACAUUCAUUGGUAACUCCACUUCGAUUCAAGAAAUGUUCCGUCGUGUCAGUGAGCAGUUUACUGCUAUGUUCAGGAGAAAAGCUUUCUUGCAUUGGUACACUGGUGAGGGUAUGGAUGAGAUGGAAUUCACUGAAGCUGAGAGCAACAUGAACGAUUUGGUCUCCGAGUACCAGCAAUACCAAGAUGCAACUGCUGAUGAAGAAGGUGAGUAUGAAGAUGAGGAAGAGGAGCUUCAUGAGGAGUACGAACAGUAAGAAGAUCUUACUCAUUUUGGAUGCUGCAACUUCCAGUUGCCCUGUGAUUCAAAUCUCCUUUCCUUUGGGGAUUGGCAAUGUUGCAUGUUAAGCUUAGUAUGUAGUAAUAUCUUGACUUGUUUGGUUCUUAUUUUCAGUUUAUUGCUGCAACUCUUUUAGUUUACUUGGGAAGUUUGAAUAGUACUAUUUCUUCUGGUAUAUCAAUGGGUGGAUUGGAUUGUUAUGUCUGUUCUUUGUUCUUAUUUUUCUUAUUUUGCUAAGUCAUGGGUGUGGUUACUUUGGAUAUGGUUAAUGCCUUGCAUCAUCUGAACAUAAAUGAAAAUGGUUAAUGUGUACCCCAGUUGCUCUUGGA